AUGAAUCUCGAACAAUCCAUCAAGGAUUUUCAAGCUCAGAAUGCUGGACUUCAAACUAUAAUCCUGAACUUAGCCAAGGGGCAAGAUGAACUGAAAGCUCUCCUGACUAAGAAGACGAAGACUAAGAAAAUCAAGGGGGUGAUCAACAUGGGAAAAAGAUUCAAAGGGCGUCCCAAGAGGCCUGAAGAAGCUGGAAUUCCUAAAGAUGAGGAAGAAGACAACCACAACUAUGGAAGUCAAGUAGGUUCUGAUGGUCAAGAGGGUGAAGAAGAAGAGGAGCCCUAUGACGAGGAUGACUCUGAUGAGAAAUACAAGCUACUGGAAGAAUGUCUGAGAAACAUGGAAAUUCAGAAAGUACCUGGACUGGAUUUUGAUGAAAUGGGACUCAUUCCUGGAAAUUUGGGGUGUUACAAUUAUCAACUGGAGAGUGCCAAUAUUCGUACAUGGGAGGACAUGGCUACUGCCUUCUUUAGGCAAUAUGAGUAUAAUUAUGAUCUUGCACCUACUCGCACGCAACUACAAAACAUGUCAAUGGGACCUAAGGAGAGUUUCAAGGAGUACGCUCAGAAAUGGAAAGUUCCUGCUGGAAGAGUCCGACCUGCCUUGAGUGAUAGGGAAUUGGUGGACAUGUUCAUGGGUACACUAACUGGACCAUUCUAUAGUCACUUGCUGGGUAGCUCUUCAUCUGGUUUCACUGAACUUAUAUUGACCGGAGAGCAUGUUGAAAGUGGUAUUCGAAGUGGGAAGAUCCAAGUGGGCACAUCCUCUGGUGCUGCAAAGAAGCCUUAUCAAGGAAAGAAUGAGUCAAAUGUUGUUCAUAGCCAGAGGGGUCGUGGUAAGAAUGAUCAAAACCAAUGUGUUGGUGCUGUGCUCAUCUCCACUCCAACUUCGAAACAAGCUCCUAGACAAGAGUGUCAACGCAAGACUGGUAGGCCAAGGAGAAAAUUCACCCCAAUCAAUAUGCCUUUAUCUCAAGCUCUACAACAUCUACUAAAGGCAAAGUUGGUCACCUUGAAAGAUCACCCGAAGUUUGUCAACACCGCAAGUCCGAAUUAUGAUCCCAAAGCCACAUGUGCUUAUCAUUCCAAUGCUACUGGGCACAAUGUGGAUAACUGUUGGGCCUUAAGAAACAAAGUCCAAGAUAUGAUAGAAGCGGGUGAGAUAGAGUUCGAAGCUCUCGAAAAUCCGAAUGUCAUCACUGCGCCUAUGACAAAGCAUGACAAGACUGUUAAUGCUAUCAUGGACACUAUUUAUAUCCGUGAUGUGAGAGAACUGUCAACUCCGCUCCUUGAAAUCAAAAGAAAGUUGAUACAAGCUAGUUUAUUUCCUGGUUGUGAUCUUGAUUGUUAUUAUUGCGCACGCCUACCCAAUGAUUGUGAAAACCUAAAAAGAAGAAUUCAAAAGUGGAUGGAUCGUCGUACCAUUAUGUUUGAGAAGAUCCCUUCUAUAGAAAAUUUGUACGAAGGUAACAUUGCUGGAAUAAGUAAGGUAACAAGAAGUGGAAGAGUGUUUUCUCCAGAGAUUUCUCCAAACAAUACUUCAUCCGUUGUUACCAUCACCCCGAGUGCUGAUGCCCGUGGUAAAGGACCGUUUCAUGAACCUGAGGCUGGCAUUGGAAAUUCAUCAUCUGAAGAUACAAAUGAGUUCUUAAAGAUCAUCCGCAAGACCAAGGACAUGAAGAAGUUCCUAGAAGAUGCCCAUGUACCUCAAGAGAUUUCUGUCAAUCAACUCAAGAAGUGCAUUGAAAAUCUGACGACUGAGAAUUACCUUGGUUUCUCUGAUGCCGAUCUGAGUCCUAGUGGAAAGAACCAUAAUAAAGCAUUACAUAUAUCCAUUGAAUGUGGGGGCACCACUUUGGCCCAUGUUCUAGUGGAUAAUGGUUCAUCUAUGAAUGUGCUACCCAAGCUGGUGUUGGACAAACUCCGACCUGAAGGGGCUAUGUUGAAGUAUAGUGAUGUGAUCGUAAAAGCUUUCGAUGGAUCAAUGAGUACUGUACACGGUGAAAUUGAGCUCCCAAUCAGAGUUGGUAAGAUUGUCACUGUUCAUGGCGAGGAAGAGUAUGUGGUAAGCUUCAUAGAUGAAACCAAGUAUGUUGAGUUCACUAUAGAAGGCUUUGAGACUCCCCGUCAAGCAUUUGAGUUGGUCCCUCAAGUAGUUUCUGAGACUAAGCCUGUCAAGACUGUUCCCAAGGUUACUAGAAUUCCCCCAACAAUGGCUUCUCUAAAAGAUGCUAGGGCUGUGGUAGAAGAAGGUGGUUGCACUAUCUGGGGGCAACUUCCUGAUAUUCUGUACAAGUCCGACAAAUGGGGUCUAGGCUGCACUGCUAAGGACACAAUGGAGUAA